GUUAGCUAGGUCCUACCGUUUCUUCUCCUCUCUGCAGGACGUCAAUGUGGUUCGUACGCGGUAGGGGCCUGACUGAGUCUGAACUACCAUAAUCUUGGGUAGUAGGAUAGCCUCCGGUGGCGAGAUAAUCAAUCCUCAAGCUUCUAUCUUUUCUUGCCCAUCUAUUCAAUCGUGCUUCCACCUACCUGUGCGCGGUACUGUAGUCUAAGACUGCCGUUAUUCGAUGAUAAUAUCCCUUUGCGAUCUUUGGACCCCACCAAGCAUCCCAUCAAAGGUACCCCGCAUGUUCUCUGCAUCGCUGUCAUUUCGACAAUAAAAGUACCGCGCUUGCGCUUUCGAGUGUGGAGGUUGAAGAAGAGUAAUCAAAGGAAGAUGGCCUCUCCUGCUGCACAGACCAGCGCGGCUGGGACCUUGUUGCAGCGGCAGCUCAAGGAGAUCAACACAGCUAAGGACCUCUCUGGCAUCUCAGUGGGACUCGUUCGCGAUAGUAACGUCUUCGAGUGGGAGGUCUCGCUCAUGAUCCACGAUGACUGCAAAUAUUACGGUGGUGCCAUUUUCCGCGCACACCUCACCUUUCCCCGAGAUUAUCCCCUCAUGCCACCCAAACUCGUAUUCCAGAAUCCCAUUCCGUUUCAUCCGAAUAUCUACCCGAAUGGCGAACUGUGCAUCUCCAUCUUGCAUCCCCCGGGCGAGGAUUCGUACGGAUACGAAAAUGCAAACGAGAGAUGGACUCCCGUACAGACCCCCGAGACCAUUCUCCUGAGCGUGAUUAGCCUGUUCAGCGAACCAAACUUGGACUCUCCUGCCAAUAUUGACGCGGCUAAACUUCUGCGCGCUGAGCGCGAGGGCGGCCCCAAGGAGUUUAGGAAGAGGGUGAGACAGUGUGUCAAAGAGAGCUUGGGCGAAGAUGAUUAGAUGCGAUAAGGAGUGGCUUUCGUCUGCCGCGUAAGGGCCAAAAGAAUGAGAGCUUCGAACGGGAAAGGCUCUGGUUCGACACUAUCAGCUGCUGGGAUGCUACGAAAUAUACUAAAGACAGCUUUUUCGUAGGUCAUGACGAUAUCAGGAAAUCGAACCUCAUGUUUCUAGCUUUUUUUUUUUAUUCAUACCAAGACGGUCAUCAUCAGCAUCAUUGCCAAGAUAGCGAGGGGGCAUUGUUUCGGAGUUUGUUGCAUGAC